GGCCAAGUGAUGUAACCCCCCUCUCCAGCCUGUGCACAGGCAGCCUGGGAACAGCUCCAUCCCCACCCCUCGGAUAUAAAUAGGGCUUCGUGACCCGGCCAGGGGAAGAAGCUGCCGUUGUUCUGGGUACUACAGCAGAAGGGUAUGCGGAAGCGAGCACCCCAGUCUGAGAUGGCUCCUGCCGGCAUGAGCCUGAGGGCCACCAUCCUCUGCCUCCUGGCCUGGGCUGGCCUGGCUGCAGGUGACCGGGUGUACAUACACCCCUUCCACCUCGUCAUCCACAACGAGAGUACCUGUGAGCAGCUGGCAAAGGCCAAUGCCGGGAAGCCCAAAGAUCCCACCUUCAUACCUGUUCCGAUUCAGGCCAAGACAUCCCCUGUGGAUGAAAAGGCCCUACAGGACCAGCUGGUGCUAGUCGCUGCAAAACUCGACACCGAAGACAAGUUGAGGGCCGCGAUGGUCGGGAUGCUAGCCAACUUCUUGGGCUUCCGUAUAUAUGGCAUGCACAGUGAGCUAUGGGGUGUGGUCCAUGGGGCCACUGUCCUCUCCCCAACGGCUGUCUUUGGCACCCUGGCCUCUCUCUACCUGGGAGCCUUGGACCACACAGCUGACAGGCUACAGGCAAUCCUGGGUGUUCCUUGGAAGGACAAGAACUGCACCUCCCGACUGGAUGCGCACAAGGUCCUCUCUGCCCUGCAGGCUGUACAGGGUCUGCUGGUGGCCCAGGGCAGGGCUGAUAGCCAGGCCCGGCUGCUGCUGUCCACGGUGGUGGGCGUGUUCACAGCCCCAGGCCUGCACUUGAAGCAGCCGUUUGUGCAGGGCCUGGCUCUCUAUACCCCUGUGGUCCUCCCACGCUCUCUGGACUUCACAGAACUGGAUGUCGCUGGUGAGAAGAUUGAUAGGUUCAUGAAAGCUGUGACAGGAUGGAAGACUGGCUGCUCCCUGACGGGAGCCAGUGUGGACAGCACCCUGGCUUUCAACACCUACGUCCACUUUCAAGGGAAGAUGAAGGGCUUCUCCCUGCUGGCCGAGCCCCAGGAGUUCUGGGUGGACAACAGCACCUCAGUGUCUGUUCCCAUGCUCUCUGGCAUGGGCACCUUCCAGCACUGGAGUGAUGCCCAGGACAACUUCUCGGUGACUCAAGUGCCCUUCACUGAGAGCGCCUGCCUGCUGCUGAUCCAGCCUCACUACGCCUCUGACCUGGACAAGGUGGAGGGUCUCACUUUCCAGCAAAACUCCCUCAACUGGAUGAAGAAACUGUCUCCCCGGGCCAUCCACCUGACCAUGCCCCGACUGGUGCUGCAAGGAUCUUAUGACCUGCAGGACCUGCUCGCCCAGGCUGAGCUGCCUGCCAUUCUGCACACCGAGCUGAACCUGCAAAAAUUGAGCAAUGACCGCCUCAGGGUGGGGGAGGUGCUGAACAGCAUUUUUUUUGAACUUGAAGCGGAUGAGAGAGAGCCCACCGAGUCUACCCAAGAGCUUAACAGGCCUGAGGUCUUGGAGGUGACCCUGAACCGCCCAUUCCUGUUUGCUGUGUAUGAUCAAAGCGCCACUGCCCUGCACUUCCUGGGCCGCGUGGCCAACCCGCUGAGCACAGCGUGAGGCCAGGGCCCCAGAACACAGUGCCUGGCAAGGCCUCUGCCCCUGGCCUUCGAGGCAAAGGCCAGCAGCAGAUAGCAACCCUGGACAAAUCAGCGAUGUGUCACCCCCAGUCUCCCACCUUUUCUUCUAAUGAGUCGACUUUGAGCUGGAAAGCAGCCGUUUCUCCUUGGUCUAAGUGGUGCUGCAUGGAGUGAGCAGUAGAAGCCUGCAGCGGCACAAAUGCACCUCCCAGUUUGCUGGGUUUAUUUUAGAGAAUGGGGGUGGGGAGGCAAGAACCAGUGUUUAGCGUGGACUACUGUUCCCAAAAGAAUUCCAACCGACCAGCUUGUUUGUGAAACAAAAAAGUGUUCCCUUUUCAAGUUGAGAACAAAAAUUGGGUUUUAAAAUUAAAGUAUACAUUUUUGCAUUGCC